UCUACCCUCAGUGCAGCAUUGGCAGACCAGGGGUAAUACUAACUCACUGUUUCUGUUGCACUAUUUUUGUUUAUGUAUGGAAACAUAGCAUUUUUCUUUAGUAAUAGUACAGACACAGUGGAUGGAUUCAAACGGUGCAGUUGUGAUGGUAAUGGAGACAUAGGUGGAAGAAUUUGUUGUUGUGGACAUCCAAAGAGUAGAGCUACACCACUGACUGACAGACAACUUUAAAUCAUGAGGGACAACCUCUUCAACUAAGGAGUCCAAUAUAAAAUGAGACAACACCUUCAACUAAAGAGGCUCUUCAAAGUAUUCGACUACUAUUUCCGUGAUGGGUCAGCGACUGAGUGAGGAGAGUGACUCAGACCAGGAAAUUGAUGUUGCAGAGCUGCAGGAGUGGUAUAAGAAGUUUGUGGUGGAGUGCCCAAGUGGAACACUCUAUAUGCACGAGUUCAAGAGCUUCUUCGGCGUUACUAAUAACAAGGAGGCAGCGGAUUAUAUUGAGAAUAUGUUCCGCGCUUUCGACAAGAACGGAGACAACACAAUUGACUUUCUAGAGUAUGUUGCAGCCCUUAACCUGGUCUUGAGGGGCAAGUUGGAACAUAAACUGAAGUGGACUUUUAAAAUGUAUGACAAAGAUGGAAGUGGCUGCAUUGACAAGACUGAGCUGCUGGAGAUUGUAGAGUCCAUCUACCGACUAAAGAAAGCCUGUCAUGGAGAACUGGAUUCAGAGUGUAACCUCCUGACCCCAGAUCAAGUGGUUGACAGAAUAUUUGAACUGGUGGAUGAAAACGGAGAUGGGGAGCUGUCUCUGGAUGAGUUCAUUGACGGGGCCAGGAGAGACAAGUGGGUGAUGAAGAUGCUGCAAAUGGACGUCAACCCUGGGGACUGGAUCAAUGAACGGCGACGUAAGAGCUCUGGAGUGAGCUCUGAAGCUGGACCUCUGCAAUAAGUUUCUGGACUACUUUCAAUCAAAAGUUGAAUCCAUCUACCAGCAGCUUCAGCUGUCUUGUGCCGGCAGACACUACCACCAUGCCCACGUAGACUGUGGACUCUUGUCCAGAGGAAAUCACUGCUCUAAUAACUCUCCUUCUCUCCCCAUAAAUAGCAAACACACCAUUCUCUUUUUAAAUCCCUAAUGUGUACAUAUCAAUGUGUUUCUGUUUGCCCUGAUGGUUGUGUGUGUUCCACUAUUCAUGAUUGCAUUUUGUACGUGCAGGCUACAGUGAAAGGGACCAGUUCUCUCCAUCUCAUUAUGAUUGAAAGACAUCAUGCAGAGGCAGAUCGUAGAGUUUAUUUUGCAAUUAUGUUUUGAUGGUAAACAAAAAAGCAUCCAUCCGAUUUGGGGGCUUAUACUUGAUGAGGUUUUAAUAGAGCUGACAAUAUAGUACACCGGUAGCAGUCUUAUUACAUUUCUGGCACCAUUUUUGCAUUUUUAGAACUUUAGGGCACCACCUCUCUUUUUGUGUGUGUUGAACUUGAAAUCCAUAUUCAUUGAACAGUAAAUGUGUAUGAAGUUGCAUAAUAAACACCGAGUUCAAUAUUGAACUAAAAGAA